CCGGACGCUGGGAGGCGCUGUGCACUGUCAGUGACCUCUUGGAAACCGGAACACAAGGCGCAAGCGCAGUCCUAGUGUCUCAGCCGGCUUCCCACGUGUAAAUCUUGUGGGUAAGUUUUUCGAGAAAAAUGCCCAAAUUCAAGGUGGCCCGUGGGGCCGGGAAUCAGGAGAAGCAUGCACCUCUGGCCGAGCAGAUUCUGGCUGGGAAUGCAGUGCGCGCGGGGACCCGAGACAAACGGCGGGGACGCGGGGUCGAAGAGGAGGAAGAGUAUGUGGGACCCCGGUUGAGCAGACGGAUUUUGCAGCAAGCCAGGCAGCAGCAAGAGGAGCUCGAGACUGAACACGGGACUGGAGACCAGCCUGCGAAACCGCGAGAACGCGCCACGCGGCUGGGGCUGGACGUGCCCCAGGAUGGAUCCGAGGAUGACGAUGAGGAUGAGGAAUGGCCCACCCUGGAGAAGGCAGCCAAAAUGACUGGGGUCGGCCACCAAGCAGAGGUAGUUGUGGACCCUGAAGAUGAACGUGCCAUUGAAAUGUUCAUGAAUAAGAACCCUCCUGUCAGGCGCACUCUGGCUGACAUCAUCAUGGAGAAGCUGACGGAAAAGCAGACAGAGGUGGAGACUGUCAUGUCAGAGGUGUCGGGCUUCCCUGUGCCUCAGCUGGACCCCCGAGUCCUUGAGGUCUACAGAGGCGUGCGGGAGGUGUUAUCCAAGUACCGAAGUGGGAAACUGCCCAAGGCUUUUAAGAUCAUCCCGGCCCUGUCCAACUGGGAACAAAUCCUCUAUGUCACCGAGCCUGAGGCCUGGACUGCAGCUGCUAUGUAUCAAGCCACCAGGAUUUUUGCCUCUAACCUGAAGGAACGGAUGGCUCAGCGCUUCUACAACCUUGUCCUGCUUCCCCGAGUACGAGAUGACAUCGCUGAGUACAAACGACUCAAUUUUCACCUCUACAUGGCACUCAAGAAGGCUCUGUUCAAGCCCGGAGCCUGGUUCAAAGGAAUCCUGAUCCCCUUGUGUGAGUCUGGCACCUGUACCCUCCGAGAAGCCAUCAUCGUGGGCAGCAUCAUCACUAAGUGCUCCAUCCCCGUGUUGCACUCCAGUGCGGCCAUGCUGAAGAUUGCUGAGAUGGAAUACAGUGGUGCUAACAGCAUUUUCCUGCGCCUGCUGUUGGACAAGAAGUACGCAUUGCCCUACCGGGUGCUAGAUGCCCUGGUCUUCCAUUUUCUGGGCUUCCGGACGGAGAAGCGCCAGCUGCCCGUGCUCUGGCACCAGUGUCUUCUGACACUGGCACAACGGUACAAGGCCGACUUGGCCACAGAGCAGAAGGAGGCCCUCCUAGAACUGCUUCGGCUGCAGCCCCACCCACAGCUGUCUCCUGAGAUCAGACGUGAGCUUCAGAAUGCCGUCCCCAGAGAUGUGGAAGAUGUUCCUGUCACCAUGGAAUGACACCAGUCCCCAGCUUGGUCCAGGGAGCAUGGGAGGGCACCAGGAGCCCAGUUGGUGACUACAGAUACAGUUAAAGACCUAGGUUAAGGCACC